AAAGAGAGAUAGAAAUGGAAGAGAUGGUGUUGUUUGUGGAGGAUUCGACCUCCUUUUCUUCAAUUCCACAGUGUAGAAUCUGCCAUGAAGAAGAACAAGUGAAGGCUAAGCGAUUGGAAGCUCCAUGUGCUUGUUCUGGAACUGUAAAGUUUGCACACAGAGAGUGCGUACAGAGAUGGUGUAACGAGAAGGGUAACACCACUUGUGAAAUUUGUCUCCAGAAGUUCGAACCUGGGUAUACGGCACCGCCCAAAAAGGCUCAUUCUGCCGAUGUAGUGGUAACAAUCAGAGGGAGUUUGGAGUCGGAGGUUCCCAUUCGACUACGGAGGCAAGAGAGAGAGCUACGUAAUCCAGGAUUAAUGGCGAUCGUCGCCGCAGAACCCGACUACUCCGAGUGUUCAUCUGCCGCCGAGAGAAGCGCGUCUUGCUGUCGAUCCGUGGCCCUCACGUUUGGAGUACUUUUGCUUUUGAAACACCUCCUUGCAUUGCUUGCUGGUGAAACAGACCACUAUGCUUUCACAAUUCUAAUACAGCUAUUUGUUCUAAGGGCUGGUGGUAUCAUCCUUCCUCUCUAUAUAAUGAUGCGAACAAUAACUGCAAUUCAAAGAAUUAUGCACCGGCAGCAUCAGGUCUUUGAUGACCCUUCACCGUUCCAAGUAGAUGAAAAUGAUGGUGAUGAUGAAGAUGAAUACAUAAACUACAGAGUCACCCAAGUACACUCCUGAUAGUUUUACACCUACUUUGUCUUCAUUUUUUUUUUUUGGGGGUGGGGGGGGGGGUAUCCUGAGCACUAAUUUGUUGCUCUAUU